AUGAACGGAGGAGAGUUAAGGGCACGAAUGGCACUGAGUGGCAGUGAGAGCCACUAUACUGUAUACUGUCCUGGCGGGGUCAGGCGAGAUCUGCGACUCGACGCAAUCAACUGGGAAGCGGGACCUGGUCAGCAUCCUCAAUCAUUCACCCUCUUCUCAUAUCAUACACAUAACUCUGGUUCCUACACCAAACUCUCUAUUACUGCGAUAUUACCUAUAUUCCAGAAACCGGAGCCUUCUCCCGCGGAAAUCCAGGCUCCAGCAUUAGAAGCAAGAGUUUCCCCCAUCGUCAUCGUCAUCCUUACCAGUACCCCUCCAACGUUGGUUUCCUCUCUGCUACACAGCCCUGUUACCACAACCGCCCGGCCUCAUCCCGCGCAAAAUCCCGGAGAACGGCAGAAGUAUCCUCAAUUUCAGCAGGACGAGAUCUUUGGCUUGCAAGAUGCUUUCCGUAAGCUCGAUGUGGACGACAAAGGGUAUGUUGAUGAAGCCACAGCCAUCAAGGCGACGCAGGCCAGCGAAAGGCAACCGUACGAUGUGGUCAGACAGGCUCUGAAGGAGGUGGAGUUGGAUUCCUCCAGAAGGGUUGAACUGGAUGAUUACGUCGGGCUCAUAUCGAAACUUCGCAACUCCUCCCCAGCCCAGCAGCGCAUGUCGACUGGCCCAACAAGCCCGGCCCGCGGAGGAGUGGUAUCACAGCAAACAGGCGGCGGCCAUGCCUCCAAGGGAAGUGUUAGCGGUCGUAUCCAGGUCCAAGGAUCUUCUUCAAACGUCACCCAUACUAUCAAUGAGGACGAGCGAACGGAGUUCACUCGCCAUAUCAAUGCAGUGCUUGCCGGCGACCCGGAUAUUGGCAAUCGCUUGCCUUUCCCAACAGACACAUUCGAAAUGUUCGACGAAUGUAAAGACGGUCUCGUGUUGGCCAAAUUGAUCAAUGACAGUGUUCCCGACACCAUUGAUGAGCGUGUACUCAACCGGCCAGGAAAGAAGAUCAAAACUCUCAACGCAUUCCAUAUGACGGAAAACAACAAUAUUGUGAUCGAGUCUGCAAAGGGUAUUGGAUGUUCGGUCGUGAAUAUUGGAAGCGGAGAUAUCAUCGAAGUUCGGGAGCAUCUUAUUCUGGGCUUGAUAUGGCAGGUCAUCCGCAGAGGUUUGCUCGGGAAAAUUGAUAUCAAAUUACACCCAGAAUUGUACAGGCUAUUGGAGGAUGACGAGACUCUGGAACAGUUUUUGAGGCUGCCACCUGAGCAAAUCCUGCUGAGAUGGGUCAAUUACCAUUUGAAAGCGGCAAACUGGCCACGCAGAGUAUCCAAUUUCUCCACUGAUGUCAAGGAUGGAGAGAACUACACUGUUCUACUAGCCCAAAUCGCGCCCGAACAAUGUACUCGCGGGCCUCUGCAAACUCACGACCUUUUGCAAAGAGCGGAGCAAGUAUUGCAAAACGCAGACACACUUGGCUGCCGCAAAUUCCUUACGCCGACAUCUCUUGUGGCCGGUAACCCAAAGCUGAAUCUAGCAUUCGUUGCAAACUUGUUCAAUACCCACCCUGCAUUAGAUCCCAUCACCGAAGAAGAGAAACUCCAGGUGGACGAUUUCGAUGCGGAAGGUGAGCGAGAAGCAAGGGUGUUUACUCUGUGGCUUAACAGUCUCGAUGUCCAGCCUGCUGUCAAUUCUCUCUACGAUGACUUACGGGACGGUACGAUCCUUCUGCAAGCUUUUGAUAAGGUCGUGAAAGGGUCGGUCAACUGGAAACACGUGAAUAAAGCCCCUGCAAGCGGCGCCGAGAUGUCGAAAUUCAAAGCUGUUGAAAAUACCAAUUAUGCUAUCGAGCUCGGGAAGCAGAACCGCUUCUCACUGGUUGGUGUCCAAGGUGCAGACAUUACAGAUGGCCAACGUACUCUGACGCUGGGUCUCGUCUGGCAACUCAUGCGCAAAGAUAUCUCCGAAACCCUCUCCGCUUUGGCGCAGCGGUUAGGAAAGCGCGAGAUCUCGGACUCGGAGAUGGUCAAAUGGGCGAACGACAUGUCACGAAAAGGCGGCAAGAGCUCGGCAAUCCGCUCCUUCAAGGAUUCGACAAUUGGCACCGGUAUCUUCCUCCUGGAUGUCUUGAACGGCAUGAAGAGUAGCUAUGUCGACUACGACCUAGUGACGCCCGGCAGAACGGACGACGAUGCAUAUAUGAACGCGAAGCUUAGUAUCAGCAUUGCCCGUAAGAUGGGCGCCACGAUAUGGCUUGUGCCUGAAGAUAUUUGCCAGGUGCGGAGUCGCCUGGUGACUACAUUCAUCGGUUCUUUGAUGGCAACCCACGAGAAAAUGCAGUGA